GCUUGGCGGAAGGAGGAAGCUCGAAGCUGAACGACACAUCGUAAGGCGGAAUAUACACACAUUGAGAAGCAAAUUCAUGUCGGAAACCAAUCAAUUUCCACGAACCCAACCAAAACAAUCUAUCAAAUCAUCUAAAUCAACAAGCUUUUCUUCCAAAUUAUUGUCCGUUUAAGAAUUUCCGACGCGUUUCUGCCCAUUUCCCACCGUCUCAUUACCACCGUUCCCAACCCAUCUUCUCAGAUUCUUCCUCUGUCGCUGUAAUCCCAAUCCUCGCCGUGUUCUUCACCCCUCCUUCAAACCCAUUUCUCUUUUUCCUCUUCGCUUCUCAAUUUUACGUUGCCGGAUCUGAUUCCAUCAUUAAAUACCUUGUCCUAUUUAGUUUGUUUUUUCAUCACCCUUGAGACUAAUUUGUUCGAUUUGAACGUGACUGAAGUUGAAAAGCUUGAGAUUCAACAGCUAUGGUGAAGGAGACUGGUUAUUAUGAUGUAUUGGGUGUCAGCUUUGAUGCCUCCUCUGCUGAAAUUAAAAAAGCUUACUAUGUUAAGGCAAGGUUAGUUCAUCCAGAUAAAAACCAAGGAGAUCCAAAAGCUGCGGCAAAUUUUCAGGUACUGGGAGAGGCUUAUCAGGUGUUGAGCGAUCCUGAGAAGCGUGACGCGUAUGACAAAUAUGGGAAGGCAGGAGUACAACAGGAUGCCAUGGUGGACCCUGCAGCUGUGUUUGGUAUGCUUUUUGGAAGCGAGUUCUUUGAAGAGUAUGUUGGUCAGCUUGCUUUGGCUGUAUUGUCAUCUUUGGAAAUCGAGGACGAUACACCAGACUCAGAGUUGCGCAGGCAAAAAAUCCAGGAAAAGAUAAGGCUGUUUCAAAAGGAAAGGGAAGAUAAACUUGCAAACAUUCUGAAAGACCGCCUCCAACCAUAUGUUAUCGGUCAGGUUGACGAGUUUGUAACAUGGGCUAGUUCAGAAGCACGACGACUCUCCUCUGCUGCUUUUGGUGAGACCAUGCUGCACACCAUUGGAUACAUAUACACAAGGAAAGCAGCAAAGGAACUUGGGAAGGACAGACGUUAUAUGAAUGUACCGUUUUUAGCGGAGUGGGUGCGAGAUAAAGGACACCAGAUAAAAUCACAAGUGAUGGCUGCUUCAGGUGCCGUUUCUUUAAUUCAAUUACAGGAAGAGUUGAAGAGGCUGAAUGAAGGAGAUAACAGGGACGAGAACCUGGCAAAAGCCAUUGAAGAGAAGAAAGACGCUGUUCUUAACUCUCUUUGGCAGAUUAAUGUGGUCGACAUUGAGUCUACUCUGUCACGUGUCUGCCAAGUGGUUCUUAGAGACCCCAAUGUGUCGAAAGACGUAUUAAAGCUACGAGCCAGAGGAUUAAGGAAGUUUGGAGCGAUCUUCCAAGGUGCAAAAUCAGCUUAUAGUAGAGAAAACAGCCUGAGGCAUGAAAGUGAUAAAUCAAUUGGUGAUGCUUCAGCUUCAUGAUCUCACACUCUGUUAGUCUCUCCUAAUUUUCCUGCUCAAAGAUGGUGAUCUGAUGAUCUUAUUCUAUUAUUAUUUAAAUUAAGUGAAGAUUCUUGAUGUUUUGUAUGCUUUGUUGAGAAUUCCUUCAUUUUUUUAAACACUUUCUUUUCCUACUUUGUAAUUUAUAGCUUACAAUCUGUUUUUUCUUUCUUUCUUGUAAA